AUAAAAAUGAGUAGAUAAUACUAAUAGAUAGAUUAGUAAUCUCUCAGCAGUCACUUGGCCGGUCACGUGAUCAAUGAAUUUGUAUGGAAAAGCCUGCCACGUCCCUUUAGCCAUCAUCAUCAAUGUAUGGUCGUGUACACGCGUAAUUUACAUUUUUCGACGUUGCAGGGAAGAUAAAUAACAUUGUUUUUUAGUGGCUUACUACUUGUUACAAGAUGCCAUUGAGACUAGACAUUAAGCGGAGAUUGUCUGCACGAUCAGACCGUGUCAAGUCUGUUGACCUGCACCCAACUGAACCAUGGAUGCUGGCCAGUUUAUACAAUGGUAACGUCCAUAUAUGGAAUCAUGAGAGUCAGACACUGAUCAAAUCUUUUGAAGUCUGUGACCUGCCCGUCAGGUCAGCCGUGUUUGUUGCACGCAAGAACUGGGUGAUAACAGGCUCGGAUGAUAUGCAACUACGGGUAUUCAACUACAACACUCUCGAAAAAAGUCACAUGUUUGAAGCUCACUCAGAUUAUAUCAGAUCCAUCGCAGUUCAUCCCACACAGCCCUACAUCCUAACUAGCAGUGAUGACAUGUUGAUUAAACUGUGGGACUGGGAGAAGAAGUGGCUGUGUUCGCAGGUGUUCGAAGGCCACACCCACUACGUCAUGCAGGUGGUAAUCAAUCCAAAAGACAACAACACAUUCGCGAGUGCAUCGCUCGACAGGACUGUAAAGGUCUGGCAACUAGGUUCUUCAGCUCCAAAUUUUACCCUUGAAGGUCACGAAAAGGGCGUGAACUGUGUGGACUACUACAGUGGGGGCGACAAACCAUACCUCGUCUCGGGAGCGGAUGAUAGAUUAGUUAAGAUCUGGGAUUAUCAGAACAAGAACUGUGUGCAAACAUUAGAUGGCCAUGCUCAAAAUAUCUCCUGCGUCUCGUAUCACCCCGAGCUACCAAUCAUAAUGACAGGAUCUGAGGACGGCACUGUUCGAAUAUGGCAUGCAAACACCUACAGAUUGGAAACCACGCUGAACUACGGCCUUGAGAGAGUGUGGACAUUAGCCAAUCAGAGAGGCAGCAACAGCGUUGCACUGGGAUACGAUGAAGGCAGCAUAAUCAUUAAGUUAGGGCGUGAAGAACCAGCGAUGUCAAUGGACGUCAAUGGCAAGAUAAUCUGGGCCAAGCAUGCGGAGAUACAACAGGCUAAUCUGAAGUCAAUGGGAGAUAUGGAAAUUAAAGAUGGCGAGAGACUUGGACUUGGAGUGAAGGAUAUGGGAAGUUGCGAGAUCUAUCCACAGACAAUCUCGCAUAAUCCGAACGGAAGGUUUGUGGUUGUAUGCGGUGAUGGAGAGUAUAUUAUUUACACAGCAAUGGCUCUAAGAAACAAGAGUUUUGGUUCAGCGCUUGAGUUUGUCUGGUCCAACGACGCUUCAGAGUAUGCUAUUCGUGAAAGUAGCACAACAGUAAAAAUCUUUAAGAACUUCAAAGAAAGGAAAAACUUCAAGCCUGAUUUUGGAGCAGAAGGCAUCUAUGGUGGUAUUUUAUUGGGAGUCAAGUCAAACAGUGGCCUAGCUUUCUACGAUUGGGAAAGUACAUCACUUGUUCGUAGGAUUGAGAUCAUUCCUAAAAAUGUAUUUUGGUCUAUGAAUGGAGAACUUCUUUGCAUAGCAACAGACGAUUCAUUCUUUAUACUUAAAUAUAACCAAGAAGCUGUUUCUAAGGCAAACGAAACAAAUGAAGGCAUAACAGAGGAUGGAAUUGAAGAAGCCUUUGAUGUUGUUGGUGAGAUCCAGGAAACAGUGAAGACUGGUCUGUGGGUUGGUGACUGUUUUAUUUACACAAACUCUCUUAAUAGGCUCAACUAUUACGUUGGUGGCGAGAUCGUCACAAUAUCUCACCUGGACAGGGUGAUGUAUCUUCUCGGAUACAUUCCAAAAGACAACAGGCUUUACCUCGGUGAUAAGGAGUUAAAUGUUGUUAGUUUCUCACUGUUGCUCUCUGUCUUGGAGUACCAGACUGCUGUUAUGAGACGUGACUUCCAAACAGCGGACAAGGUCCUACCAACCGUACCAAGAGAACAAAGAACACGAGUAGCACAUUUCCUUGAGAAACAGGGUUUCAAACCACAAGCUUUGGCUGUGACCUGUGACCCAGAGCAUAAAUUUGACCUUGCACUAGGAUUAGGUGAAAUGAAGUUGGCCCAUGACCUUGCCACAGAAGCCCAGUCGGAACACAAGUGGAAGCAAUUGGCAGAACUUGCAACAAAAAAAUGUGAAUUUAAACUGGCGCAGGAAUGCUUGCACAAUGCGCAGGACUUUGGUGGACUUCUCAUGCUGGCUAGCUGUUCAGGCGAUGCGGGCAUGAUGGAGAAACUUGCGGAUAAUGCAGCAGAUAACGAGAAAAACAAUGUCGCAUUCCUUGGUUUCUUCCUACAGGGAAAGAAAGAAAAAUGCUUGGAUUUAUUGUGCAGUACCGGACGCUAUCCAGAGGCAGCCUUCUUUGCGAGGACCUACCUUCCAAACCGAAUAUCAGAAAUUGUUCAAGCCUGGAAAGAAAACCUAGCUAAAGUUAACAAGAAGGCGGCGGAUGCUUUGGCCGAUCCCACCGAUUAUGAAAACUUAUUCACUGGCUUGAAAGAGGCAAGACAGGUCGAGGAAUUCCUAAAGACAACGCAUAAAAAACUUCCCGCUGGUGCUUAUCCUCACGUGACGCUGAAUGCUGAUAGGGAUGUGGAACAGGAGAUGCAGGAUGCUAUUGCUAGCGGUGCUUAUUCUGGAAGUUCCACUGCAGGGACUGCAAAAUCAGAAGAAGAACAAUCAGAAACUGCUAAGCCAACUGUCACAACAGCGCCACCAACAAAAAAACUUGAGCAGGAUGAUCUUGAUCUUGAACUCGACGAUUUUGAUAUAGAUGAUGAUGGUACCGGGGGAGGAGAGGAUGUUGAUCUAGAUGAUGAAGACUUUUUGGAGGAUUGAUAAUGAUUACACAAUUAUUAUAAUGACACAAAUGACCUUUCACUGUCCAGUAAUGUUUGGUCUGUGAAGAAUUUCUCAAUCCAUUCACAAGACAAAGAAAUGUCACUAUUCUGUUAAAUGUAUAUUUUAUUGGCCAACAGAAUAUGUUUUCUUAAUGUCACCAUUGCAAGCUGCAAAUGAGAUAUUUGUAUGCUUAAAGAUUAUAGGAUUGGGCAUACACUGUCAGAUGUUUGUCUCUGACAUCUGACAAUAGUUUAUCAGACGUGAUGAAAUAUAGUAUAUCCCCACUUCACUCCAGACACAAAAAGACACAUGAUUUGUCUCAUUUGAAAUCAGAUCCAACAGAUUUAAACUCUGUCCAGAUUAUCAAAUAUUAUCUGACAAAAACAUUGGACGUGCCUAAAUAUGGUCAUGAUGACAUCACAUCAUGUCCAUAUUAUUAUAUAAGCACAUCAUGAC